AUGACGCUUUAUGUAACGUUUAUUAGUGCUAUCCAGAAGCGAAAAUUGCCAGAGAGCAUCGAGAAGCUAAGAAAACAGGUGUCGUUCGAAUGGGAAGAAGGCGUUUUAAAAGAACUCACGGCGUCUGACGCGCUGGCUUCGGCAAUCGAACACAAUCAUGUUAGUUACGUGGACUACCUACUACGUGAAUAUAAGAUGGAUGCCUUACACAUGCAGGAGAGAUGCUGUUCUCAUCUUAUCCUAGCGGUAAAGUGGAAUAGACACUUGGCGCUUGAAACAAUACUAUUUCAUAUGACUAAAUGGGAUUCUAAAACUACUAUCAAUAAUAACAGAGGCAGUCAUUUAAAAACAGCGGUACACGUGUCUUGUGAGUUACGGAGAUACGAAUGCCUGAAAAUGUUGAUAUCUUACGGCGCUAACUCAAAUACUCGUGACAUUAUGGGCAAUACACCACUGGAAUAUUGUCUGUUUGGCUCAAACGAGCAAUGUCAUGUGAACAUAUGUAAUAAAUGCGUGCAAUUGAUAGUAAAUUCAAUAUCCCAUAUAGAUAUUUCUAUAAAAGAAAGAUUCGACAAACUGAAGGGUGAACGACCAAAUGACAACUAUCUCAGCGUUAUUGAGUUACCGCCAAUGCCGGCGAGAUUAACACAGUUAUGUCGGUGUACAAUACGAACGUCGUUGGGAUUGCAGGGAAGGCUGCCGUAUAAUAUACAAUUGCUUCCAUUGCCACCAUUAUUAUUGUCUUACGUAUCCCUAGAAAGCUAA